AGAUGAAAUAACAAACACAGCCACCAAAAAAAAAUUGAAGCUUUAGCUAGUUGAUGAUGGUGAUGAUAUCUCUUCACCUCUCUACUCCGCCGCUAGCUUUUAUCAAAUCUUCUUCCAAUUCUAGAUUUCCCAAGAACCCUAAUCCUAAUUUUAUCCAAUUCACUCCAAAAUCCCAACUUUUUUCUUGCCGUCGUUUCAAUUUCAACACCGGAGUAACAAAUUUAAACCGUAAAACCUACCGGAGAAGUCUCAGUUGCUAUGGGGUUAAGGAUUCAAGUGAGACGACAAAGUCUGCACCGUCAUUAGACUCCGGUAGCGGCGGUGGAGGAGGAGGUGACGGCGGAGAUGGCGGUGAUGAUGGUGAAGGUGAAGUGGAGGAAAAAAACAGACUUUUUCCGGAAUGGUUGGAUUUUACAUCGGAUGAUGCGAAGACUGUGUUUGUGGCUAUAGCUGUAUCGUUGGCGUUUCGUUAUUUCAUUGCAGAACCAAGAUACAUUCCUUCUUUGUCUAUGUAUCCUACUUUUGAUGUUGGAGACAGAUUAGUUGCAGAGAAGGUGAGUUAUUAUUUUAGGAAGCCUUGUGCAAAUGAUAUUGUGAUCUUCAAAAGUCCACCAGUUCUUCAGGAAGUUGGGUAUACUGAUGCGGAUGUAUUUAUUAAACGGAUUGUUGCGAAAGAAGGUGACCUUGUGGAGGUACAUAAUGGGAAACUGAUGGUUAAUGGUGUUGCUAGGAAUGAAAAAUUCAUCUUAGAGCCUCCUGGAUAUGAAAUGACAGCAGUUAGGGUACCGGAAAAUUCAGUCUUUGUGAUGGGUGACAACCGGAAUAACAGUUAUGAUUCGCACGUGUGGGGUCCUCUACCUUUGAAGAAUAUAAUUGGACGGUCAGUUUUUCGGUAUUGGCCACCAAACAGAGUAAGCGGGACAGUGCUAGAAGGUGGCUGUGCUGUGGAUAAGCAAUAGAGCAUUGGAACGUUUUGAUUCUUUCUUUGAAACACUUGUGCAGAUAAAAACGAAAACAAUGU